UCCUGCGUUUUCAGGUCUAUGCUUUCCAAAUCCAUCUCUCCUUUUUUUUUUGUCAUUUUCUAAAUCCUUUUUUUACUCUUAAUUAAUACGGAGUACUAAUAACUAAUUAACUACCCUACCCUCCAACCACAAUCUUCCCCUUCUUGUUUUCCCCUCUACAAAUCUUCAAAAUGAAGCCUCAAAUCACCCUUUUCUCUACUUGUUCAGGUUCUGAUCAGAAAAGCAAUGUUGGGGUAGAGGACAGGUGGAGGAAAAAAACAGAAGAACAGGGGAUAAAAACAGAGGAAGAAGAAUCACAACCGUUGAUCAGUCUUGGACUAGGAAUUGGUGGGUCCAACAUCAAAUGCAGGGAAAAAGACAGAAUUGUGAUGGUGAAGAAGGAGGAGGAUGAUGAUGAUCAAGCGGUGGAGAGUAAAAGGUGCAGUAAAUAUUCUGUGGUCAGGUUUACAGAGGAACAAGGGGAAGAACUAAAGAGGCAAUUGUUAAUUUUUAAAUAUAUGGUUUGGGGUUUACCAGUUCCUUUUCAGCUUCUUCUUCCUAUUUGGACAAGUCUUAAACCUUCUUCUUUUCCUCCUCUCUUGCUGGCAAUUUUUCGUGGGGGUUCAGAACACCGUGAGAUGAGUGAUCCGGAGCCUGGGAGAUGCAGGAGGACGGAUGGCAAGAAAUGGAGGUGCCACCAAUCUGUGAUCCCUAACCAGAAAUACUGCGAGAAGCACAUGCAUCGAGGUAGAAAGCGUUCAAGAAAGCUCGUGGAAGCCUCUCCUUAUUCCAGAACCCCAAACCUCAUCAACAGCAAUGCCAUCAGGGCGAUCAAGCCAAAAUUCCCAGAAAAUGUAUGCCUGAAAGGGCCAACUAAUUUUGUCGUGGAGGCUCCAUGCUUGACCAGUUAUCCUGCUAAGAGCAAUAACAAUCCUAGCAAUGGAAAAUUCCCAGAAAAUCUACAUCAGAAUAGGCCAACUGGGGUUGUGAUGAGAGCUCCAGGCUUGAACAAUUUUACUGCAAAGAGCAAUGAAAAGGACAAGCGGAACAAUAGUUCUAGCAAUGACACCAGUCCAGAAUUCGCAGAAAAUCUAUAUCAGAAUGGGCCAACGAUGGUUAUGAUGAGAACUCCAGGCUUAACCACUUGUACUACUAAGAGCAAUGAGAACAACAAGCCGAACAAUGAGGCGAAGUCUGACAAUGUUGCGAAUGAGAGGAUUGCUCUCCUCAACCGAGCCUCGGGAUUGGAUUUCUCACCCAAAAGUGUUCUUCAAAGUGGUAUGGGAACGAUUUGCCCAAGAGUUGAGAGUUGCGAGAACUCAGAAUCUGACUCGAGGUGCAAGAGAACUGAUGGGAAGAGGUGGCGGUGCAAGAAGCAAGUUGUUCCGCACCGAAAGUACUGUGAACAGCACGACAACAGAGGCAGAUUCCGGCCGAAGAAGCAGUCUUUAGGCUCAGUAGCCUCCAGGGAAGCCGAAGGUGCCAACGGUUCUACUUUCAGUGCCGAGACAGAACAGGAGAAAAUUGGCUUGGGCCUGGAUACGAAUCUAAAGAUCUCGCUUCCUACAAGCCUGGAUGAUCCAAGGAGCAUCAUCAACGAUAGUGUUUCUCAGAAUUGUGCCAGUAGCUCGAGCAGUGAGGCUACUGAAACUGAUGAGAACACUGAUGUUUCAGACAUAAUUGUCGUUUCCUGUUGAGUAUGUGAAGGGGUUGUUUACAGCAAGAGUGGUUUCCGGAGCUCAACAUGAUGUAUAUAUACUACUAACAGAUUAACAGGUCAGCGUUGUCGCGUUUACAGUCAGCUUUUUGUAGGAGGUACUAGACUAAAGUCUUAACCCAUUUUGCAUGAAUUUGCUGUUGCUGACCCUUUCUGAUCAGAUGGAUCAUAUGCUUUCUGUAAACAUACUAAUGUCAAAUUGAAGUAUUUACUAUGGUUGAUUUAGAAAAAAAUUACUGCACAUUCAGAGA